GCAGAGCUCCACCACCUUCCAGAGAAGCUCCUCCCUUCAGAAGUCUGGAUCCGCUGGCCUGAGUGAAUGGACUCUGUACACAGCUUUUCUCUAACACUGUGACUUUCUUGUGUGGAGUAAAAAUACAAACCACAAUUUGCCCUUGACCUGCUGACAGGCAAAACUUGAAACAGACAUUAAAAAAUUCGAAAUGAGGAACUAUUGGGCCUUAUUGGAUCACAUUUGUUUUCAAGUUUAACAGUACGGACAACUUUUACUCCCCCUUGUACUUCCUUAUCACUCGUGAGUUUAAUAACAUGUAAGUGCAGUAACAAAGUCCUACUCGGGCUGAAACCUGGAAGGACAAGCACCUCUUCUGCUCUCUUCCAAAGGAAAAGUAUUUUUAAAAAGAAUAUAUUGGAGAUCAAAAAAGGAUAAAAAUGCGAUGGUCUUGGCUUUGGAUCGCUCUCUGCUUGAUCUGUCCAGCUGUGGUUGAUGGUGGGAAAGUUCUUGUUUAUCCUGUGGAUGGGAGCCACUGGGUGAACAUGAAAGUCAUUAUUGAGGAACUGCAUUCGAGGGGUCACCAGAUUUCUGUUGUGCGAACAACAGACAGCUGGUACAUCAAGGAAACCUCCCCAUUCUAUACUUCAAUUACACUUAAUAUGGAUUCAGGAUUUGAUGAAGACUUCAUUGGUAUGUUUGUGGCCCAGUUACUCGAAAUUCAGAGGGAAGGGAAGUCUGUCUGGACACGUUUUAAACUGGAAAUGGAACAAGGCCAAAAGUCCUUUGAACUCAAUGAGAAAGCAACCAAAGUUCUUGAACAGGUUUUUGAAAACAAAGAUCUGAUGCAGUCUCUACAGGAUGCCAAAUAUGACCUUGUCCUUACAGACCCUGCUUUCCCAGGGGGUGUUAUACUUGCCCACUAUCUCAGGUUGCCUCUUGUUUUAAAUGUCAGGUGGACUACUCAUGGUGAAGGCCAUUUUUCAAUUGCACCUUCUCCUCUUUCUUAUAUUCCAAUAACAGGGACCAGGUUUUCAGAUAAAAUGAGCUUUUUUGAGAGAGUUAUUAAUGUUCUCAAUUUUGGCCUCUGGGAAUAUCUAAUAGCACAGUAUGUUGUACCAAGUUAUGAUGCUUUAAUUAAAAAAUAUUUAGGACCAGAUAUAGACUACUCCUCCCUGUUUCAAGCAGCAGACAUCUGGCUCAUGAGGGUGGACUUCGUAUUUGAAUUCCCUCGUCCCACCAUGCCUAAUGUUGUCUAUAUGGGAGGGUUCCAGUGUAAACCUGCAAAACCUCUUCCCCAACACUUGGAAGACUUUGUGCAGAGUUCUGGAGAGCACGGAGUCAUCAUCAUGUCUCUGGGAACUAUGAUUGGAGAGCUUCCCCAUGACCUAGCUGAUGAGAUUGCAGCAGCUUUUUCCAAACUACCUCAGAAAGUCAUUUGGAGAUAUAAAGGUGACAGACCAGCCACUCUGGGAAACAACACUUUACUAGUGGACUGGAUGCCACAAAGUGACCUUUUGGGACAUCCCAAGACAAAACUAUUUGUGGCUCAUGGAGGAACAAAUGGUGUUCAAGAAGCCAUCUACCAUGGAGUUCCUAUCCUAGCACUUCCAUUGAUCUUUGAUCAACAUGACAAUCUAAUGAGGAUUGAAGUAAGAGGAGCUGGGAAGAUAGUUGAUUUUUUUACUAUGAAUGAAGACACCUUCUUUCAGGGAAUUCAGGAAGUUCUCAGUGAGCCCUCCUAUAUGAUGAACAUGCAGAAACUCUCCAGACUGCACAGAGAUCAGCCAUUGAAGCCACUGGACAACGCCAUCUUCUGGAUAGAGUUUGUCAUGAGACACAAAGGUGCAGCUCAUCUAAGAACAGAGUCUUAUAGACUGCCCUGGUAUUCCUACCACUCUGUGGAUGUGAUGCUCUUCUUAGUUGGAGUUAUACUGAUUGUUCUGGCCACCUUUGCUGGAUUAAUAAGGUGUUUAUGCUCUGUGUGUGUUAAAACAAAAACUAAACAUGAUUAAAAAAGUACAAAUAAGUUCCAAACAGUUGAAAAAAUCUUGGUCUGAUUGUAGCAAAAAGACAACAUACCAAAUAGGUUUAAAGAUUAACGUAUUUGAUUCACGAUAUUCUGGAUAUUAAUAUAGCAGAUAAACAAACAUGUCAUACCUUUGACAUGUAAUUUUUCUUUGCAGAAUCGCAAGUAUAUUAUUUUGAAGACAAAACUUUUAAUUAUUACAUCAUAGCUUCAGUACACUUUGAAUAAGUCAACCCUUAAUAUCUGUUAUCUCAGAUUCUACAUAGACAGAACUUUAAUCUUUAGGAGAAAGAGUUAAUAAAAUGUACAGUAGCAAUUCUGCUUUUGUGAAAAUAAAAGAAAAAAUAAAAGCAUUUUACAAACGUUCAGUGAGUUUGUGCUCUUUGAUUUGCCCAGUGGAAAUACCAUUUGCACUCUUUUCCGUACUCAGCUGUACUGAUUUUCAAUACUUUUUAAAUCCACUUGUACACUUGAAGCACAGCAUAUACUUACACAUUACAUUUACCCAGACUACAUGCUUUUCCUAAGGUUGCACACUACUGAGAAAUGCUCUUUUGUCAUCCAGUCCAAGUGUAGGUUUAUAUGGAUUUAAACAUAUCCAGUUUCACAGCCAAAGAUUACAGUGAGGCAUCAGUGCUAUGCUGGGCCCUUAUAUGCUUAAACCUUGGCCGUGGCCUUUACCUGCAGGAUUUUGUUCUACAGACUUUCAGAGACAGAUUUUUGAUAUCUCAAUCCUGUUUUUUUAUUAAUACAAUGCAUAAAAUUACAUAAAUUUCAUGUUGAUUAGAGGUCUCAUUUGACUUAGAGAUUUAAUCCUAUAAGUCAAACAAAUUGAAAUGUUUGGU